AGUCUUUUUUCAAAUUUUGCUUUCACUCCGCCAAAAACCGCUUAAACGCGAAUACUUCAACUGAAAAUUGGAUAUCAUCUAGUGUAUUGGAUUUUAUAGAAAUAUUUGUGUGUGUAAUAAAAGAAAAAGAAAUAAAAAUCCUAAAAGGAAAAGAUAAUUUGAAUAAAAUAUAAAAAAAAGAAAAAUUAAAUAAAGAAAGAAAAUGAAAGUGUUUUUGUUUACUGUGUGCGUUUGUACAAUAUUCGUAACCGGUACGGCAAAACCUCAGCCUCAACAUCGUCCCAAUAAUGUCAACAUUAUACCGAAUGACGAAAAGGCCGAUCAUCAGUUGAGACGAGAAACUUCCACUUGGAUACCCAUUUUAAAAUACAACAAAGAACAAAGUGAAGAUGGCAGCUACAAGACCGAAUAUGAGACGGGUAACAAUAUCAUACACGAAGAGACUGGAUUUCUAAAGGAUUUCUCUGAGGUCAAUCCGAAUGGAGUGUUAGUACAACAUGGUCAAUAUUCUUACCAAUCACCAGAAGGUGAAACCAUUAAUGUUCAGUAUACAGCCGAUGAACAUGGUUUCCGUGCCACAGGCGAUCAUAUACCUACACCACCAGCUAUACCCGAUGAAAUUCAAAAGGGUUUAGAUCAAAUCUAUGCAGGCAUCAAAUUGCAACAGGAACGCUUGGAACAAAGAGCUAAAAGUGAUCCAGAAUUUGCCAAGAGAUUAGAGAAUCAACGUCAAGCUAAUCAAAACGGUCAAUAUGUGGGUCCUUUAGAAAAUCCAUAAACAUUUGGGCAAUUCCUUCACACCCUCACAACUAUUGUUAACUCCUACUGAUUACCUUUUGUUUACAUAACUUGUUGAAAAUUCAUUUCAUCUAACAAUCCCUUGUCAUUUAAUUUGUAAAUUUAAUUAAAAAAAACUUAACUUAAACAAUUAUUAUUUAUAAAAAAAGUAACACAAACAAUACAACUGAAUAAAUUAACAAACAUAAAUCAAACCGAAGUGAAAUGAAAAAAAUUCUUUUAACAAAAUAAACCAACAAAGACUGUGAUUUGUAAUAAGUUUUGGUGUUGCAAGUAUACGAGAGUCCUAAUUUUAUUCCGUUUCAUCAUCUCACGUAUGCCACAAAUAAUUUUACUUGCUAAAGAGUAACUGCAACAAGAGUAUCUACAUACAUAUCUAUCUAUCCAUGUAUGUAUGUUUGUAAAUUAUUGUAUGGCACAUUUAUUUCCCUCUUAUAAUGUAGUUAAAUAAAAAAAGUAUUUUUUUUAAAUAUUUGUGUGGAAAUAAUCUGGUUUGUAACUUUCAAUUACUUUUGAACACAAAAUGUUUCAUUUAUCUGCAAAUACUAAUUGUAUAUCAAUGUAUUUAUGUUUGUAUUUACCUGUUAUAUACAUAAAUAUUUAGUUAAAUAAAGAAAUAAUAAAAUUAAAAUAACAUUAUUUAGUUAUAAACAA